ACGAGCUUAAACAGUUAAGUGUGUACCGAACUGACGACUUGUACACACAUUUAUUUGUUCGUAUCGGCGACCCAUUUUAUGAAAUUCAUGUGAUAAUUAUAUAAUUUGCAACAUUGGCUGUUUUAUGGAAUAAAAGAUUUCCCAGUACAGAGAUGGCGCUAUUCAUCUACAAAGCACUGUUGAGUAUAGGAGUCAUAGUAGCACUUGCAGCUUUCUAUGCACGACCAGUCUAUCCUGAAACUGCCAGCAACCGAGGGUUGAAGACUUUCAAUGGACUUGCCUUCAAAUUCAUCGGUGUUUUGAGUUAUAUUGGUGGAUAUUUUGGAUUUUCGCCGCUUAACAGUACGAGAUCAAUGUUGAACAUCAUAACUUUUAUGGACAAAAAAUCGCCUAACGUCGAGAGAUAUACAACGACAAUGGAUGGUGUAGAGGUGAUUGUAUUCAAGCCAGCUGGACAUAUGGAUAACCUCCGUCCCGGAAUAGUUCAUUACCAUGGUGGUGGAUGGGUCUUUAUGUCGCCAGAUAUGUAUGCCGCUUUAUCCGAGGAGGUCGUUGAAGAAACUGGAAGCGUUCUUGUCUCCGUAAAUUACAGGCUUGCCCCGGAACAUCUUUACCCUAUUCCUCUGGAAGACUGCUUGACUGCGACCAGAUACUUUCUCAGACAUGCAAGAGACUACGGAGUAGAUGAAAAUCUGGUCGGCAUUAAAGGCGACAGUGCUGGUGGAAAUUUGGCUAUGGCUGUUGCCCUCAAACUUUCAAAAGAAAAGGACUUACCAAGUCUUAAAUUCAUGUCCUUAGACUAUCCAGCCCUUCAAGCAUUUGACUUCGACCUGCCCUGUUACAAGAAGUACGAGACUGGACCCGGAUUGCUAACAAAGCAAGCAAUGAUUUUCUACUGGCUUCUCUAUGGGUUUGGUCACCUGGAGUAUUACGAUAUGCUUUACAACAAUAAACAUGUAAACACUGAACUAAAAAACACAAUAUACGCAACAUAUGUCAGCAAAGACCUUUUGCCAACCAGUAUAAGAAACGAGAAUCAGGAUAAAACAUCGGAAAAGACAAAUGAUGAAAACAACAAUGAGAUUAAAGUACCAAAUGAAAUAAUAGAGAAAAUUACAGAUCCACUGUUUGCCCCUUUAAUGGCUUCCGAUGAUGACCUUCGACUUCUUCCUCCCACCUACAUAUUUAACGUAGAAUUCGAUGUUCUAAGAGAUGAUGGUCUAAUUGCAGCCGAACGACUUGAACGAGUCGGGGUAAAAGUUACCAAAAGGUUUAUGUCUACAGAGGAGCAUUGUUAUCUUAACUUUGUUUCACUGGAUAAGAGUAUACGACAAGAAAACAUACGUUUUGCUAAGUUUUUGAAUGAGACACUGAAAAUAUGAGUGUAAGAUCUAUCUCUAUACUUUUAUUAACUACUUAAAGAAUUUGCAGUUGUAGAAAAAUAAACUAUAUGGAAUUAUAUGACUAAAUCAUCAUAGUAAAAUCAUCAAAAUGCAUGUGCUCAUAUAAAAAUGUAACAUUGUUCAUUAAAAAUGAAUACUACAAAUACAUAUUAUACAUGUACAUUUGAAUACAUCAUUGAGAGAUAAUCAGGAAAAUCUGAUUUUGUAACAGUAAUAGCUAUGAUUUAAGCGCGUGAAUUAUUUAUAUUUUUAAUUUUUAUCUUUGUUGCGGUUUACUUCCGAAAGUGCCAGACCAGAAGUUUUUUUUUUGUUUCUUUUUCUUUUUGUAAAUUCAACAUGCUCUUAAAACUUUAUUUUUAUGUCAUUUUGGAUUGGUUAGCAUAAACUAUGUUUUAAUUUUACUAUAUAUGUUACUUAUAGGUAUUGAAGCUUGGAUUUUAAAAUCUUCGCGUUUAAAAUUUGAGGAUCAUAUGUUUGUUUAUUAUAAUUAUUAUUAUUAUUAUUAAUAGUUUACAGAAAGGUUAAAUUAAUAUUCCUGGAAAGUACAAAGGUAACUAUGAUCAAAAUAAAAUGUUGCAUGUCAAUUAAUUCAUCAAAUUUAUUAGUGCAGACAGCUUAUUAUAGACUAUCAGACAAUCUGUUAUUGCUUUUCUUCCUUCUACCAUAAGAAGCUAUACAAUAUGUAAAUGUGUCAACAUUCCAUUUUAAUAUCAUGUUAUAUGCACACAUUUUCACAUUAAUCUUAAAAUAUUUAGCAUUUUAAGGAAGUCAAUACAGGACCAUUUGAAAACUGUACUUGUAAGUUAGUUGGUAAGUUAUUAUUUUAUUAUACUAUCAUUCCAUUCCACUCCUAUCUCUUAUGAAGUCCAUCAAUCUUAUUAAGGUAAACAACACGUUACACGUCAACUUCAAAUACAUCAUCUGAUAAAAGUAAAAGUGAACUUCAAACUUCUGUCAAAUUACGAGAUAUAUAUGUUUCAUCUACAUCUUUUUAACUUUUUCAUUUUUAUAAUUAUGUUAACCAGUUUUUAAUAUUGUCAGGAUACGUGUUAUAUGACCCAGGGAAGUGCCUACGCCUUUAGUAUCUUGAACAAUGAAAUGGGUCCUAUCGCUAAGGUGACUAUGUCUUAGACUAGUGGACAAACGAUGUAGUAUGUCCUUUGUUAAAACGUAUAGCUAGUGAGACCAAAUACAUGUAUCUCAUAUAUAGAAUUUUCCUCUGGCUACCUUGCCUAAAUGAUUCGUGUACCAAUGAUUCGUAAAUGAUUUUAAUUAUGAGAUAGACAAUUUCAGGGUUCAGGCAAAUCACUAAAUGUUUCAAACUAACAAUUUUCAAUUAACUCAAACUCCUAUAGGCUGGAGAUUCUAUAUUUGACUGGUCAUUUUGUUGAAGUUCCCGUCAGACAAUGUCUUUGAAUCAACAACAUACAAGUCCUAUCGCAUAGAUGCUCGGCCUUUGUCCUCUUAAUUGAAGUUACAACUCUAUGUAAAUGCCCCGACUCCUGGAGUGCUCAGCGCCUAUAUACUAUCCUUCAUAUAUUCCCGAUGCCUUGGCUGUACUUCGCCAAUAAUGCUGAACCGUCUAUAAGAUGGAACUCUCUUACUGUCUCAGUAGAUUAUUAAACUCUGGGUCUCUGUCUCAGCUUUCUGAUGCUCAGCCUAUAUUUGCUAUCGUCUAUAGCAUUCAGUUACCUUUAAGGUAAAACUCCUAUGCGCUGGCCCUAUAGCUCGAAACCUUAUUGAAAUUCUGCAACUCUUCUUUAGUCUAUGAACUUCCAAAGUCUUCUUUUAACAAUUUAUCCGCCCUGACAGGGUAGUUGCAAUAACCUCCUUAUCAAGGUACUGGGAUAAAUUAUUUGUUGAAUCCUCGAUGUAUCUUCUUCAACCGCUGGAUACCGAAUGCCCUCUUUGUCAUCCAUCUACCUAUUUAUACCUCAGCAGGCGUGCUAUUUAUAGAACCUGUUUCAGAUUUUUACAUAGUAUUUUACAACGAGUACUUGCUCUAUCAAAUAUCUGGUUCCCUUUAACUACUGUAUAUAACAUAAUGUGUGAUGCUGGAAUACAGCUAUCAACAUUAUCAAACCAAAUCAGCCACAAAUGACCCAAAUCCUAUUAUAAACAGCAAUUCAACAAAAGGUUUUACGACAUAAAGAUCUCCUAGCUUAUUAAUUAUCAUAAUUUCUCAUUAAUUUUCUGAAUGUCGAAAGUGUCAGGUACCACAGAAAUGCAUGUAGAAUGUUAUGGGGAGGUCUCAUGUUAUACUUGUCCUCAGAUUUAUAAAUUACAGUGUUGUCAAAUAUUGCUUGCAAAAUCUUUUUAAGAAAUAUUCAAAAUUAGACACUGCUUCUUCACUUUUGUAUUUGAUCUUAUGACAUUUUUCAUACGUUAGAAGACUUUAGAAAGUGUUUCAAGUAUCUUGAAGAAACUGAAGUGAUUGUUGCUUUAAUUUCAUCCUGUAAAUUAUAUACUGUUUGUAUCCUCAUAAAAUGAUAUAGUUUGCAUAAAUAAAGGCAGAAGGUAUGAAAUGCC